AUGCUCCUUCAAGUUCAGAACUUACGAAGCAGGAACAUGCAAUACUCUCUGCCUCAUGAUUUCCUCCUCACCUUCUUUCUCUUUUCUAGCAUUUUCUCUGCAAGUCAAGCAUGCAACCAAAAAGACCGCAACUAUCUCUUGUCCCUACCCUUUUAUACUUCUUCCCCUUCUUUAAAUCGGUCUGCCACUGAUUGUUGCAGUUGGGAAGGUAUUUCUUGUGAUCAUAAAGGUCGGGUCACUCGUAUUUGGUUACCCUCUAAAGGCCUCAGAGGGAGUGUACCUCCCUAUAUUGGAAACCUCACAAGUCUCUCCCACCUCAAUCUCUCCCACAAUGAACUUUCAGGUUGUCUCCCUGUGAGAUUCUUUUCCUCCUUCAAUCAACUCAAGGUCCUUGAUUUGAGCAACAACCAUCUAGCUGGAGAUAUAUCAUUAUUAUUUUCCUCUAAUGGCUCGUCUAACGGUUGGCCUUCCUCACUUCGAGUAGUUGACAUCUCCAACAAUGACUUCAAUGGGAUCAUCCAAUAUUGGUUCCUCCAACGUGCACAGAACUUGGACAAGCUCAAUGUAAGCCACAAUAGUUUCACAGGCUCUAUUCCUGACUACCUCUGUAUGCAUUCUCCCUUUGUCAGGUUCCUUGAUUUCUCUUUUAAUCAUCAUGAUGGCCAAAUUCCUUACGGACUAGGGGGAUGUAGCAAACUAGAGAUUUUCCAGGCAGGUUUCAACUCGCUCUCAGGACUAAUUCCACAUGAUAUAUACAGUGCGACAAGGUUAGAAGAAAUCUCGUUACCUUCCAAUAAUCUUACAGGUCCCAUUAGCAAUGACAUUGUGAACCUUACCAAACUCACCUGCCUUGAGUUAUAUGACAAUGAAUUGAGUGGCAAGCUCCCCGUAGAUAUUGGAAAGCUCAACAGAUUAAAGCAUCUACUCCUUGAUACCAACCAUCUGACAGGUUCACUGCCCCCAUCUUUGAUGAAUUGCACAGACCUAAUGACAUUGAACUUAGGGCUCAAUUUCUUUGACGGAGAUAUUUCCACCCUUAAUUUCUCCCGUCUUCGUCAACUUGCUACACUCGACCUGUGGAAAAAUAACUUCACUGGUAGCUUUCCAGUAAGCCUUUCCUCAUGGGCAAUCAACAUUCUGAUGCGUUGCAAGAGUCUUAGCAUACUCCUCCUUACAAAGAAUUUUUUGCACGAGGCCCUGCCAACAGAGGACAGCAUAGUUGAUCCUGACGGAUUUCGGAAUCUCCAAUACUUGGGUCUCGCUCGUUGUCAACUCACAGGUCAAUUGCCAAUCUGGUUAUCAAAGCUUAAGAAGCUAGAAAUCUUGGGUCUAAGUUUCAAUCGUAUCACAGGUUCAAUUCCUGGAUGGUUGUCGACUCUACCAAGGCUCUCUCGUAUAAACUUGUCUAAUAACUUGAUUUUGGGUGAAAUCCCUACAGAACUUUGUGCAUUGCCAGCAUUGGUAUCAGAACAAGCUUUAAUGGACAAUAGGUCUUUGAUUUUUUCAAUCUUUGCAAUAGGAAAUGGUAGCCUUUUGGAGUUCAAUUCCCUAUCCAACAUGGGACCAAAAAUAUCCCUUGAAAACAACAGUCUUAGUGGUAACAUCCCCCUUGAGAUUGGUCAUUUGAAGAACCUUAAUGGUCUGAAUCUUAGCCAUAACUACUUCUCAGGAAACAUUCCAGACCAAAUAUCUGAGCUUACAAACUUGGAAAGAUUGGACCUCUCUGCAAAUCAGUUGUCUGGCGAAAUACCAAAAUCAUUCGCUAGUCUGCAUUUCUUGCAUGAGUUUAGCGUUGCAAACAACAAUCUCUACGGAGAAAUACCAUCAGGAACUCAGCUUCAGAGCUUUGAUGUCUCUGCAUAUGAGGGCAAUCCUGGACUUUGUGGAGCCCCCCUUCCAUACGAGUGUGCCCCUAUUCUUCAUAGCAACAAAGACAUUCAAGAUGAGGAUGAUGGACCUGCAAUUAGAUGGAGUCAUAUUAGUACUAUUCUUGGCCUCAUUACAGGAUUUUUGGGAGUCAUUGGUCCUUUGAUUUUCAACCGUAAUUGGAGAGUUGUAUAUUUUGAGUUUCUGGAAAACGUGAAAAAUAGACUGUGUGUAAUGCUAGGAAUGUGCUUGGCCAGAUUUCAUUGAAAGCCAUCAGUGCAUGAUCUUCUUUCUUGAAAUUGUAAAUUAAUCCUGUUAGAGGACAUGUUUGUAAUUAGUAUAAGUGUGUGAAGGUAUAAGUAUCAAUUGUAUGUAGUGUAUACAUAGGGCAAUGGCUCACACUACUAGUGAGCUGGCAUGGUUGCAACACUUCCUUCAA